AUGAGCGAUUACUUGCGUAUUAACUAUGAAUCAUGCACAAGCAAAAUAUGGAAAAUCACAGAGCCAACUUUUAAUUUUAAAUCAACAAACACGUAUUAUAAUUAUAAAGUAAGAUUUUGUGUAGUUUCUUUUCCAAAUUACUGCGAUUCCAUAGAAUUUCUAUCCGAAUCGAACGAUCUAGCUUUCAAUUAUUCAAAUAAAAAAUAUGAAAUCAAUAAGAAUUACUGCUCAGUUUACUUAGAUCCAACAGAUGUUAGAUUGAACAUAAGCACAUCUUCGGAUGAUUACGAUUUUAAUUAUUCUUAUUAUCAACCAACAUUUCAAUACAAAGUUAUAAAUUACACAACAGACCAUCUUUAUUUCUCACCGACAUUAUACAUUUUGUUCAGAAGUAAAUCUCCGAAUACAGUUGCAACAAUCAAAAUUUCACAAAGUUUUUCUUAG